AAUUACGUGGAGAAUGUGUGCAGUCUGUGGUAAAAAGUUUUUCAGUCAGUUGCGCAUAGCAAGCAAUUUAUUUUAGUAUUUCAUAAUAAAAAUAAAUUACCGGCUUACAGGUUUGAAAUGUCCAAAAAUAAUUCACGUGUAAAACAAUGUCGGACUGGUAUUGGCGGGUAAUUGCUUUGAAGGCAGCAUUUGCGUUAACUUUUAUUUUUUGUAAUGUACGUGCCGAGGAUACUGUGCAAAAGUUACCGUACUGCAAUCCUACUAUAGAAAAGGACGAUACAACUCUAAACGACCUGGUGAUUGUAAGUACUCUUGAUGGAAGAUUGACAGCAUUCUCCACUGAAAAUGGCAUAAAGGCAUGGGAUCUUGAAACACAACCAUUGUUAUCUUCCAAUUUACACCAUGUUGAGCUCACAUCAGGAGGCAAAUGGGUCCGUCUAGUGCCCUCGCUUAGCGGGUCACUAUACAGUGUCAGUGGGGACAACAUCGAACCCCUGCCCUUCGACGCUGAACAACUCCUGUCUUCAUCAUUCAAGUACUCCGAAGACUUGGUUAUAGCUGGUGCUCGCGAGACCCUCUGGUUCGGUUUGGAUGCCCAUACAGGGGGUAUUAUAUACGAAUGCGGUUCUGGUGGAUGCAGUACUGAACAGCAGACGGCGAACGCUGGCCGUGACGUCAUCGUGCUGAGGAGGCAUUCCAAUACUGUCAGAGCUUUGGACCCCAGGACUGGGAGCGAGAAAUGGAACUUCAGCGUGGCAGAGCAUCGUGUAGCUCUGAGCAGACGCGAGUGUGCCGGAACCCCUCCGGGCUCGGUCCCCGUCACUGUAGCCGUGGCCUUGCCCGAAGGUGUGGUGGCCGUCAAGGAUACCACUGGGACCAGGAUCUCUUGGCAGCAGAAGUUGGAUGCACCAGUAGCGGGAAUGUGGCGGCUCCACGCAGGCACUUUGCAGAGUAUCGACGUGUUGUGGGAGGCUACACAAACCCUCAUAGAGGGCGGGGUCACUCAUCAGCCCUCCUUAUACAUCGGUGUACAUGAUAGACAGCUCUACAUACAAGAAAGUCAGUAUUACUCGAGGAAAAUAGAAACCACGGUGUCUGCUAAACCGUUGCCAUGGAAACUGGUGACGGCGCGACCGCAACUCGAGGCAGAGAUGGACAAUGAACAGACAGCCUUAUCUAUACAAGAUGCUGACCCGAAUGCUUUGUCUUUGAUCACACUGUAUGGGAAUGCUGGGAAACAUAUUGGCGACCACGGCUACUUUGUCUACCUCCAAGAAACGUGCGACCAAUCAGUACAAGUUACAGAUGACAUCUUUGACUCUCCCAACAUAAGCGACGAUAUGUCUGAACAGCACCAAAUACACGUGCACGUAUCUUCACUAUGGUAUUGGUGGAAGGAGGUUAUACUCAUAGCUGUGUCCUCGGCUCUGUUGAUGAAUUUAAUGAUCUGGCCGAGAAUGUUCGCGCCUAAACUACCUCCGACACCGUUGCCGACUAGUAAUGAACAGGUAGUGGUACAAGUAUACAACUGGCCUACAGAAAAACCAGGUCCAAGUCGGCCAAGUAUUCAGGAAUAUUCCGGACGAUAUGAGAACGAUUUUACUUCGGUAAGGUGUCUGGGUCGCGGAGGUUUCGGCGUCGUCUUUGAGGCCAAGAACAAUAUAGACGAUUGCUCUUACGCUGUUAAGAGAAUUACGUUGCCUAGGAGGGAAUCGAAACGCGAGCGAGUGCUACGCGAGGUUCGCGCCCUCGCCAAGUUGGAGCACGAGCACAUCGUGCGGUACUUCAACGCCUGGGUCGAGGAGCCCCCUCCACACUGGCAGAGGGAGAGGGACGCCGUCUGGAUGAAAGAGUUAGACGGCGUUUCAGUAGCGAUGACGGACGAGUACACGGCGACGUCACCCGCUCCAGCUAAGCGGACGCGGGGAGACGUUAUGCUCAACUUGAACAAGUCCGCUGACUUCACUGAGCCCAGCAAGCGACUGAGGUCCCUAAGCUGCAACGAUUCAUUCAGCAUAGUGUUCGAUGAGAAUGCGCCCUCCAGGGCCGAAGUGACCAGUUCAGUUCACUCCACAAAACCUUCCCAUGUAACGAGUGACGAUGACUCUUUCAUAGUCUUCGCUAACUCGCAAGAGGGCGCAGAGGAAACGGAGGGCACUGAGAAACAUAAUUCGUCUUACGAUCGAAGACUUGAGAGGGUGAAGGAGUAUGAUUAUAAGACUGAGAGCUCUUGUACGGGGAAGAAGAAGAAGGGCCACACGCGACACUGGUCGCUGGACAUGGUAGUGCGCGGCACGGGAACGCAACCCCCGGAGGGUGCAGUGGGUGCCAGCGAGAUGUACCUCUACAUACAGAUGCAGCUCUGUCGCCGCGACAGUCUGCAUGACUGGCUCCGGGACAACCGUCGCUGCGAGGGCAGGGCCGAGAAGGUAAAAGUUCUAUUCAGUCAAAUAGUAUCAGCAGUGGAAUAUGUCCACCUUGCUGGGCUAAUCCACCGCGACUUGAAGCCCAGCAACAUUCUGUUCGCGCCGGACGGCCGCGUCAAGGUCGGGGACUUUGGUCUCGUCACCGCCAUGACGGACACCUCGCAAGAUGGCGACACUGCGCACGUCAUGGACGCUCACCAACGACAUACUUAUAGAGUUGGUACCCAUCUGUACAUGUCUCCGGAACAGUUGGAAAGUCGCCCGUAUAGUUACAAAGUGGACAUAUACUCGUUGGGACUCAUAUUGUUUGAGUUACUGCAACCAUUCUCCACGGAAUCUGAGCGCGUCGCCUGUCUGCUGCAACUGAGACAGCAUAAAUACCCGCCUGAGUUCAUUCAGGGGUAUCCCGAAGAGACGGAGGUACUGAAAAUGAUGCUGAGUGACGAUCCUUCAAAGAGGCCCACGGCGACCGGAGUAAGGGCACGGGCACCCUUGUACCAGCAAACCAAUCCCGAACAUCACUUUACAUUACCGGCCAUGGCUGCUGCGUAAUACGGUAGCUUUUUAUCUACCCUUAAUAUUGUACACUCCUAUUUAAUAAGUUAACGCCUUUUAUCCCCCAAAUGGGGUUAGCAGAGUUGCUUGAGUAUUAUUAUUAUUGUAACACUUAUUUCUAAUAAUUAAAAUUAUGAUUUGUAUUUAGAAUGGAGUGAGUUUUGUCCUUUUAACGAACAGCAUGCUUAGUGGAAGCUUUUUCACCGGGUCGCGUUGAUAUAAAUUACGUUUUAGAAGAUGGCAAAAUAUCACUGAGAGUUCACAAAAAAAGAAAUAUAAAUCGGUAUUAACUUUACUUGAUCGAAUCAGUGAAAAAAACUCAUAUAAGGCACUCUUGACAGUCAUAAUAAGAUUUAAAAAUAUUGUUUAGAAAUCAGCUCAGUAUUCUAAUCACGGCCUUAUUACAAAAUAGAAUGCAAGUGUUCGUGUCACUUUUAAAAUAUGCAUCUCUGUUGACCCCAUCUGGUGGUACGAGAAAGUUAUAUCUAAAUAGGCCGUUAACUUUGAAAAUGCCGUUACUGCUAUAUAAUGGCCGUUAUAACGGCAUUUUUAAAGUUAUUCUAACACGAUUAAGAGUGUGGAUUAUCACAUUAUAAACUAAGAAAUAAUUUUACCAUGAGAGGUAAGCAAUCUUGAGGCUUGGAGACGUAGUUAUAAGAUCUAUUUUACCUUAAGUCAGUUCCGAACAGUUAUGGAAAAGUAUGCUUUAUUGAUAAAUAAAUUAUAAUUAAAUAUUUGACGAUGUUUGCUGUUAACAAGUUUUUAACCUUAUAAACGUGUUAGUAAGGGUGAAAAUACUUUGAAGUAGGUAAAUACUUACAUUGAAUUGUAGAUAAAAUAAACUAUUACAUAUGUAAAACUUAAAAAUUAAAUAAAUGUUUCGAUAAAUAAAAUAGCCGCUAUUCUAAUAAGGUUACAGUCUAAAUUACAGUUUAACAUAAUUUGUAAUAAUACCAGUGAAAGUACCAUUGUGUUUAGACACAAUAUUAAAAAAUAAAACAAAGCCCCCAUUAAUUUAUUCUUA